AUGUCUGCUCGAGGAGUUGAACGUGUUUUAGCGAAAUGUCAAGCUUGUAUUGACGCUGGAAGCUUUUAUGAAGCUCAUCAGAUGUACAGGACACUGUACUUUAGGUACAAUGCUCAGCAUAAAUACACAGAGGCUAUAGAUCUCUUAUACACUGGUGCUAGUACAUUGUUAAAAAAUAACCAGCAUACUAGUGGUGCUGAUUUAGCUAUGUUACUGAUAGAUGUAUUAAACAAAUCAGAGGCUUCGGUUACCUCACAAAAUAUUGAUAAAAUAAUAGAUUUAUUUAAAAUAAUGGACCCAGAAUGUCCAGAGAGAUAUAAUUUCUUAACGGCAGCAGUUCAUUGGUCAAAAAAGGUAGAUGGCAAAUUUAAACGUGGACACCCUGAACUACAUAAGAAAUUUGGUAUUAUGUUUUGGGAAGAAAGAAAUUUUGUUCAAGCACGUUACCAUUAUUUACAUUCGUGCGACGGUAAGGGUUGUGCUACUAUGUUAAUAGAAUAUCAUACUAUUAAAGGCUAUGCAUCAGAAGUAGAUUUAUUUAUAGCACAAGCAGUACUUCAAUAUUUGUGCCUUCAAAAUAAAGACACAGCAAAUGAAGUGUUUUCUACCUUUACAGCAAAUCACCCUCAGAUUGAGAAAGGACCACCAUAUGUCAUGCCUUUACUCAAUUUUCUAUCAUUCUUAUUAUUAGCUUUAGAAGGGGGUAAACUAGCUGUAUUUUCUAUUCUAUGUGAGAAAUAUGAAACGUCACUAAAUAGAGACCCUAGUUAUAAAGAGUAUUUAGAUAAAAUAGGACAGUUAUUUUUUGGUUUACCUCCUCCACAAGCCUCAAGUCAAGGUAUAUUUGGUAAUUUAUUACAGAGUUUAAUGACACCAUCAGGUGAUGAUAGUGAUGAGGAUUCACUAGAAAAUAGUGUAUAUUCAGAAAAAACACUAGAACUAGAUUAA